AUGACUGAUCUCAAUAUAAAAUCCCAAAAAUGGACAUCUUACAAAAAUUUGGUAGCUCUAAGUUCUUCAUUUUUCUUGCUAUGCUCAGCAUUUCAAGCUGUUUCUACACUUCAAACAAGCAUAAAUGCUUAUAAUGGACUCGGUUCCAAUUCAUUGAGCAUAAUAUACGGAUUUUUUAUAGUGUCUUGCCUAUUUUUACCAGAACUACUAAUUUCCUACCUAACUAUUAAAUGGACACUCGUCAUAUGUAUUAUUAUGUAUACAAGUUUUAUCGCCGCUAAUUUUAAACCUGCCUGGUAUACUCUUUACCCUACUUCAAUUCUUUUGGGUCUCGCUGCUGGUCCACUAUGGACAUCUCAAUCGGUUUAUAUAACUGCUUUGAGCAAAAAUCUUUGUCAGUGUCGCUCAACCCUAAAAGAAAAACACAUUCUUCUAUCCUUGCCAGUUCCUUCUAAAUCUUUUAACUCUUCUAUGACUAAUAAAAUUACGGGAACAAUUGUUGAAAAUAAUAAGCAAGAGGCUAAUAUAGCACCAUUCCUGUUUGGCAUAUUUUUUGCAUUCUACGAGAUCGGAUCCUUAUUUGGUCAGUUAAUUUCUUCACUUACACUCAGUAACAUUAUUGUGAUUAAAUCGUUUGGAAAGACGAUUUCAAACGAUUCUAUCUACUGUGGUUCGGCCUUUUGUUCAAGUAAUGGGACACAGAAUUUUCAUAUUAAAUAUUCUCCGGGUAAAAUAUACACACUGUACGCUAUUUAUACAGCCCUAUCCCUUUCGGCUCUUUUGGUAGUAAUAAUUUUCUUAGAUAAUCUACCAAGGCAAUCCAUCAAAGAUGACAAUAAUGAGAGUGUUAAGAAAAGGAUUUCUAUUUGGUCAAUGUGUUUUGCCACUCUAAAUCAAACCUUAGAUCCGAUGCAAAUAUGCUUGAUUCCUCUUUCAAUAUAUAGCGGAUUGCAGACAGGAAUUUUGUCGGCAGAUUAUACGAAAGCUUACAUAACCUGUUAUUACGGGAUGAGAUACCUGGGUUUCGUGAUGAUGAUAUACGGAGUAAUUAACGCUAUAGUUGGCCCCAGUUUGGGUUAUCUGAGCAAGAAAAUACCUCGUUGGUCGUUGUUUCUAACGACUGCCAUAAUCCAUUCCUGUUUUGUUUUCCCCAUUUUGGCUUUCUCCAGACAAGCAUUUGCUGAUCAUUUUUAUCUAAUGUUCAUCGUUGCGGGCUUAUGGGGAUUAUUCGAUGGGAUUUUUCAGCCACAAAUCAAUGGUUUAUACAGUUCAAUAUUUCAAAAGAAUCCUGAACCAGCCUUCGCCAACCACCGGUUAUGGGAAGCCGUCGGAUUUGUAAUGAGUUUCAGCUUUCACGAAGUCUUAUGCAUCAAAUCGAAACUCAUUUUCUUGACAGUUAUAUUAGUAUUGGCUACCAUUUCUUACAUCGUUUUGGAGAUCAUUAUCAAAAAAAGAUCUUAA